AUUAAAAUUUAAAUAGUUCACAUUAAAUAUGUAAAUACGAUUAACUGAAAAAUGCAUUUAAUCACAUAAUUUUUUGCCGACGCCAGCAGGAAUAUUAAUACUGAAAACGGAAAUAUGCAAAUCGUCUACGCUUAAAUAUUCUAUUAUAUUAUGGCCAGCCAUAAAAGGGCCACAACUUACACCAGCAGAAGCUUAACUGGUAUCAGUUAUCAUCAUCAUCAAUCUUGGGAUGAAAAUCCGCCAAGUGCUGCGACUACCAAGCAAUUCACAAAUUGACGUUGACGCUGAAAAAUGGCUGCAAAAAUUUCGAUGUCAAGUGUUGAUUGUUUAGAUUUGAUUUGACAUAAAUAAAUAAAUAUUUACAUUAAUGUAUUUAUUUAAUAUUAUUAUUUCUAUAAAGUGGAGAGAAAUAUCUGUAAUUGUAAGUAAAUCAAGAAAAAUCUACUUAUAUCAAUUUACUUUCUUAAGCAGAUUCGGACAGUUUGCAAGCAAUCCAACAGAACAACAAUAGCAAAUAAAGUUUCUGUAGUCUCAACCUUUAAACAAAGUACAACAGCUCGUUCUUGUGUACUUAUUGGAUGCCAGUUGUUGGCACAUUUAUUUUUGUUCCUCAUGUCAAUAGAUUCUGCUACCGUGUAUCAGUCCACAAAAGAGCCUUUGAUUCUCGUUCACCAGCCGAAUUACUUUUUGCUGGCCAUCAGCAGCAAGUGCCCGAGGGUACCAAACUAAUUUCACUUGACUUCCACUUGUAAGUUGCUUUGAAGUACAUCUAAUAUUUACCUAAGGGCAGUUAAUAUGGCUUCUUGGGGCAAGUCGAGAUGCCAUAUAAAGGAUAAGAAAGUGCUUACCUUGGCGCUACCCUGUACCCAGCUGUUAAGAUGUAAAUUGGUACAGGAAACCCAGUAGGCAUUGAAAAUAGUUAGUUGCUAAAGAAAUAUCAUUCCGAUCUAAUAAUAAUUGUAAACAAAUACUGGAUCCUUGAACAUCAUGAAAAUCAUGAAUAAGAGACCACUUCGGUUUUAUGUUCGGGCCAUUGCUUUCCUGGUGCUGUGCUUUAUUAUGUUGCAGUGCUGCAGCUUAAAUGUUUUUAAAAGUCCUGGCGUUACGCUAAAUAAAUCACGGACCAACAACUCGGCCCAAGAAGCACAUUUUAUGGCACUAAUGAAAGAAAAAGAGGCAUUGUUAAAAGAUUUGAAUUCUGAUCAGAAUGAUACAAUCUCGAGAAUCAAGCGCAAGAUCUAUGAAGUUAACGAGCAGCAGGUGAUCCUAAAUGAAAAUAAAUUCGGUCCCCUGGACAAUAACUCUGUGGUUAUUGUUAUUCAAGUGCACAAGCAAUUUAGCUACCUAAGGUACUCGGUAAAUAGUAUUUCCCACGCGAGGGAUAUUUCCAAGGCAUUGCUUGUAUUUUCACACGACUUCUAUGACGAUAAUAUUAACGAUUUUGUGCAAGCGAUUGAAUUCUGUAAGGUGAUUCAGAUGUACUAUCCACACUCUUUACAAACGCAUCCACAAAGGUUUCCUGGCAGGGAUCCCAACGACUGCCCGCGGAAUAUUACAAAAAAUUUAGCUAUCAUCAACAAUUGCAAUAAUGCAAUUUAUCCAGAUAUCAAUGGACAUUAUAGACAGGCAAGGCUUACACAGGCGAAGCAUCACUGGUGGUGGAAGGCGAACCGCGUUUUCCAUCAACUGAAGGCUACCAGAUAUCAUGCUGGUCUUGUUUUAUUUUUGGAGGAAAAUCAUUUUGUAGCCGAAGACUUCUUGUACGUGCUGAUAAAAAUGCAGCAGAACAGCAAGAAGUUGUGCCCGCAAUGUAAUAUCCUGCGGCUUGGCAAUCAUAUAAUUACACUUAAAUUUUCCAAGGUUGAAUGCUUUCCUUGGGUAAGUGAAAAGCACAAUAUAGCUAUUGCGUUUAAUCGAAACACCUGGUCGGACAUACGGAGUUGUGCCCAAAGCUUUUGCACUUACGAUGAUUAUAGUUGGGACCGGUCACUGGGGCAUGUAUCCGAGACGUGUCUGUUAAGAAAUCUUCACGUAAUGGCAAUAAAGGGAACGCGUGUUUAUCCCAUUGGCAAGUGUGAUCAAAGCUUGAAUUGUGAUUCUGUACUAGCCUUAUCCACCGCGAAGCGAGCGAUACGUUUUGCAUUAAGAGCUGGCCAGUUCUAUCCGAAAAGUCUAACACUAGAUGCAACUUCGAAAGCUCCAAUAAAUAAUCUGAAGUCAGUUAAAAGAAAUGGAGGUUGGAGUGAUCCACGCGAUCAUCGACUGUGCCUUAAAGCAGCCUCGCUUCAAUAGCUUACAUGUUUUACAGCAGUUGGAUAUCACAACAUUACUAUACUACAGAAGUUUAAAGGACGGCAAUUAAAAUAUAAACGUCAAACGAUUAAACACAUUAAAAGAACGAUAAAUAAUUUUACAGAUGCUGACCAUAGAAUCCAAAUGCCAACCCUAUUGCGAAAUAGUUAACUCUACAGCGUUCCUGACUGUGCAUAAUUUGCGUUCUCAACUUUGUUCUAGCAUAUAUAGCUGAGAGACGCAAGCCCAAAAAGGAGCUCGACCGCCAACUGAUAUACUUUGAAAUUUGCAUAUUAAUGGAUACCGCGAUCCCCAGGACUGGCGACAGCUUUUUAACUUAUGUUUGCGCGUUUCUAACAAGUUUUUUUUUUUAUUUGUCUACAUCGUCGUCUACAUGGCAUGUAGUGAAUUGACCCGGCAGAGCGAAUAUUGGCUUAAAAUUCAUUUUAUAUUGUUUAGCCUUUGCAAGACCACAAGAGAAAGCGCCAACAAGUUGGGAGUUUGCAAACAAUUUGAGAAAAAAAUUUAAAAAAUGAUGAUUUGUAACAUUUAAAAAAAAUCGUAAUGAUUGACCAAUAGAAGCGCGGUGGUCAGGCAUUAGUGACCCGGAUAAAUAUAGAAUUUAUGGAGUAAAAAAAAAUAUAUAUUACUUGGAACCCCUUAA